ACGGACAAAGGACUGGGGGAUGGGGUGCAUUUAAUGAAGCCCAGAUGAGAAGAAUCCCAAAAGGGGGUCGACAAGGGUUUGGUUACAAAACUUUCAAAUGUGGCUCUCUUCGCUCUUUUUGUUAACUCCCCAGGCUCCACCCAACAGCACCUCUUUGUACGUGUGUAUGUAUGUGUGUGUGUGUUUGUAUUUUUGUGUGUGUGUGCGCAUAUGUGUGUUUGUGUGUGUGUGUGUGCUACUUACGUAACCCUGUGAUUGCAAGUCAGCGCCUGUCUCGCCUGCAAACAAAGGGAGACAAUGAAUUUAUUUCAGUAAAAGAAGAAUUCACAGACAAUCUGCAGUCUUUGUCCUGCAACAUGAUAUGUCUGUUAAACAAUGUCAAAUAAAUGAAUCUAGGUCGGUCAUUCAUUGAGGCCAUUUUCAGACACUGAAACUUUCCUCUUUAAAUUUGUAAAGUUUUUUGUUGCUGCACAGAACAACUGAACUGCAACACCUCAGGGCUUUUUAGAGAAAGUAAAAGUGUGUUAACUGUGACGUUCUCAAAUAUCACUGCUAUCAAUGCAAAACAUAUUUCCUGCAAUUAAGACAUACAGCGAAUUCUACUAUGGAAUGACAUAUUAUACCAAGGAGACUUUAUCAAGCGGAUCUUGUUUCUGUUUAAGUCCAACGCUGAUUCUCUCGGCACAAUUAAAAACACAGAAAAGAGUUUAUUCGUGUUUCUGAAGCUUUUUGUUGAUCUGGGAACAACCGAGCCAUUUUGUGCAACACUUUGCAGAACUUUCAAGUGAAUGCAUUCCACCACAGGAGAGAGGCUGGCAGUGCAAUAAAUACGUGCAAUUAAUGCUUUUUCUGACUUAAGUUUAGCAGGAUUGCAUCUAAUCUUGUUUAUGGUUGUUUAAGUGUGUUGUUUUUAAGGGGGGGGGGGGGGGCGAGGUCUUCGCAUGCCAUAUGGUGAUAACUGUUAACUUACAGUUUUUUCAAAAAUCCAAGUGUGUCUGACCUCUUGUGACGGUGGAGGGAAAAGGAGAGAGGUGUUAAAAAGAACAAUUAUGUAUCACCUCUCCAUUUUCUUCUAUUCUAUUCCUCCUUCCCUUCAGUCCUACAUCUUCACCAACCGAUCCCCCCCCCCCUUUUCCAUCCACAUGUGCCAGUUGUGUAACCGCAGUGUUUUGUAAGCCGAUGGAUGAGGGCCAGGGAGUCUUUUUGCAAUGCAAAAGCUAGGGGGGAGGGAGGGAGGAGGAGGAAGACGCAGAAGGAGGGAUGAGGGGGGGCAGGAGUCUGCAGGAUAUAAGGAGCCUCCGCGGAGCUUCUUCACCUCACAUCCCACUGAAAUUCCACACACAGCUGCUGGAGCCAAGAACACAAAGGCAGAAAGAAACAUGAGUAACUCACUGCUGAAGAUGAUGGGCACCUUGAUGUGCGUCCUGGCCGCCUGCGCCCAAGUCGUGCCUGUGAAAGACUUCAACCUGGAGAAGAUGGCGGGCAAGUGGUUCAUUGUCGGUUUUGCCACCAACGCUCAGUGGUUUGUGAACCACAAGGCAGGAAUGAAAGUGGGCACUGCCAUAUUUGCACCAACUACCGAAGGAGACCUGGAUCUGUCUUACGCCAACUUGAAUGCUGAUGGUAGCUGCUGGAGAAUGACUCACCUUGCUCACAAAACUGAAACUCCUGGACGCUUCACCUUCCACAGCCAGGUUUGGAACAAUGACAACGACAUGCGCAUUGUUGAGGUCCAGUAUGAAGAGUACGCUCUGAUCCACACCAUCAAGACAAAGGAGGGAGUGUCCGAGGUCCUCAAUAAGCUCUACAGUCGUACUCAGGUGGCCAGCGAUAGCCAGCGAGAGACGUUCACCAAGUUCUCAGAGGAGACCGGCAUCUUGACCGACAACAUCGUUAUCCUGCCUGAAAAUGCUGAAUGUCCAGCAGUCUGAGGAGUCCCCCACCGUCCUCUGUCCUUCAUUCUCUCACUGCGACGUCUGCUGCAUUUUGCUGCCGUUCCUGCUGCGAACCAAAGAGUCCAUAAGGGUCCUCUUUCUCUCGAACUGCAUCAACAGUGGCAUUAGAGAGGAGCAAUCAAGCUCUAACUAGUGAGACAAUGCAUUUUGUAACUGCUUUUUUACUGAUUUGUCUUUUGGAAAUGAAC